AUGCAGUCAUGUGGGCAAACUGACCCAAGUGCUGCCAAAUGUCCUUCGGUGGGUUAUGGUCGGUUGGGUGAGGGCCGACUGUGUUCAGUGCAAGUUGGCAUCUUUAGUACUCAUCUAGCGCUGUUUGGUGUCUCCCCAAAGCUUCCCAAAUACCUCCCUUGGACCCUAGCGUGGGUGCAUGCUCAUCAGCGCAACCUUGACAAUGAAGACUUGACUGACUAUCUUGAUAAUGAGGAUGAGGAUCUCAAUGAGGAUGAUGAGGACAGAGAUGUUGCCACCAACCAUCGUCCUUUUUCCAAGCACCCUAUUGCCCAUGCUAUCAAAGUUGAACAUCUUCCUUCAGCAGCUCCAACUCGUACAAGCAAGCCAAGAUCUACCACAGCAUUGGAUGUGCUGACAUGUAUCAGCCAGAGCUUCAAUCCAUCUGUGCAGACUGCUCGUGGGGAGGAUCGUGCGGCAUGGUCAUUUCAUAUGACCUAG